UACUAAAAUGGAAUAUUUUAAUGAAAAAUAUGGCUGCAAAUCAAGUACAUCAACAGGUAAUUAUCCAUCAGAUUUAUCUAUGUAUAAUUGCCAAUACUUACAGUCCAAAAAGAAAGGCACUGUUAAAAAAAGGUGGAACAAAAUAUCUUUUAAAGUAAAGAACUACAUAAAUAGGAAAUUUACCAAGUCGUUCAAAAAUAGUGCAAAGAAAACAAAACCAGAAAGCAUCAGUGUAGAAAAUCACUUCAACAAUAAAGAUUUGAUGAUUCGUGAUAUCCACUAUUGCCCUGAUAUGUUACCACAAAACAUUGAAACUGAAAUUGGCCAGAUUAAAGAAGUUUACAGUGGUUUGUUGAAACGGAUAGAAAAUUUAAAGAAAUUAAAACAUAAUCCCAAGUAUGUUAACUAUUCAAAUAUUAACAGAUUAAAUGCAUUGCUAAACCAAUUUGAAAAACAAGAAGAGAGAAAUAAUACGGUUUUGAGAUCAUUUAUUACGAGUAUAUAUUUACUUUGGAAGGAGUACAAGCAGGAAACAAAAGGUCAACAAAGAAAGAUAUUAAGCAAAAUUAAUACUAAAAAACAUACUCAAAUUUCAACAAAUAUUCAGAGAGAUUUAAAGAUUGCCCAUAAAACUGUUGAAACUUUACCGUUAGUGAAAAACAAAUUUUCAAAUAUCCACAAUUUUAAUUCAAAUGUUGAUAUGUUGCAUGAAACUAGAUACACAACAAAUGAUGUGAAAGAAAAUAGAAAAAGUAAACAACAAAGCGGUAUAUAUGAAGCCAACACUAUUAAAAAGACCGACAAGAAAAUUGAUGGCAAAGAAAUAAGAAAGGAAUCACAACUAUGUCAAUUCAAUGAAUCUGGUGGUCCUGCUACCCCAAUUCAAAAAGAUGGUUUAAAAACUCAAAACUAUAACAACACAGAGGAAGAACUAUAUCUGGCUCAAAUUAAAAGUAAACUAGAAAAAACAAUUGCUUUACUAGCUACAGCUAAAUCGCGUGCGUGCAAACCACAACAAUCUUUUGUGAAAAAAUCUAAAUCUUCACAUAAAUUCAUGGGCAAUAAUUCUGGAAGUUUGUCUCACAAGCAAAUAAACAUCAAUGGCACAGAAAAGCCGAUGGAACAAAGCAAAAUUCACACCCAAAUAAAAGUGCCUCAAAGAACACCAAAUACAAAUUCUAUCCGUCAAUGUAAUAACAGACAAACAGAUAGAAAAUUAACACUACUAAAAAAUACAGAACACUUAUUUUCCAGUAAUUCUUAUUUUCUUGCAAUGAUCAAGCUAAAGAAGGAAGAAGAUCCCAUCACAGCUCAGUUGGUGAAGCAAAUAGACAAAAACAUUUCAUUUUACUCUUACAAUUCGCUACUUGAUAUUAAUUACAAGUCUCUCCGCAGUUUUUUCAGUGAAAGUAUGUUGAUUUUUUCAGAGUAUGAAGAUAAUAUUCAGAGUGGUAACUGUUAUUAUGAUAAAAAUCAUGAUAAUAGAAAAUACUUUACUAAUACUUCUGAAGCACAAAUUGUGGUAGCUAAUCAAACCUUUUCUCAAGGUGAUUGGUUUUAUGCAGACCUAAAACAUCCAGCGGACUUGACAGAUAACAGUGAAAGCGAAUGCACACAGACUUGCCCAAAUGGAAUGUCAAUUGUACCCCAUAGUUCUCAGUUUGCUGACCUGGAAUAUUCUUCUGAUUUAAAAGAUACAAUUCAACAUAUUAACAGAGAUAUGAGUAGAAAAAGUGCAGGCUCCUUGCAAUUGAAGAAAGAGAGUUCCGAAGUGAUUUUUCAGAAAGUUCUCAGUGAUGAUGAAGUGAAUCCUAAGCAAAAUAUAGUCAAAAUAAGGGAACAUUUUGACCCUGACAUACCACUUCCUCCUGAGCCUUCUUCUAGUGAAUCCAACAUUGAUCUAGAAGAGAAAUCAUAUUCAGAUUUGAAACAGAAUAAUUUUCAAGAAAAAUGUAUUCGGUGGCUCGAAUCAAACAGCCGACAAAAUCAGAACUACAAUAUCUCAAAUAUUAGAGUUAUGAACAGAAAAAUAAAGAAACAAAGAGAUGUGUCAGAAUUGAAUUUGUUACAGAGUGUAAGGAAACAAUCCAAAAUAAAGCCAGGUUAUCACAUACCAAAAGAAUCAUCAGAAGAAGAAUAUGAAGUGAACUUAUUAGAAAUGCCUUUUCCAUCAUUACUAGAGAAAAAAGCUGAGAAUACCGUUUCAGUAAACAAUGAAGAAUUAAAUUCAAGAUACAAAAAGUGUAGUGCUAACAAAACUUUGUUCAAAUCCAGUAACAAUAUGUAUGACAUAUUUAAACAUCAAACACUAUGUACCCAAGCACAAUACAACCAGGAACAUGACAGCAUAAACAGAAAAUCAUUCUCAGGAGAGGAGGGAAAAAUAUUUCCUUCUUCAAAUUCAACUAUGCCGCCAUCAAGCAAAAAUUCUGAAUUAGAUUCAUUAAUGGACCUUUGUCCAAUUGAGAUUAACUCAACAUGUGGAAUUAAAGCUAAACUCUAUGAGGAAACUAACGGAGAAAUUUUAUUCUGUAAAAAUCAGACUUCUAACAAAGAAGUUAAAAGAGUACAAGAAGAAGAAAAAGUUGAAAAUAUUAGACAAGCUCAAACAUUUUAUUUUGAAAAUUUAUAUGAAGUGGAUAAUGAUAUCUGUGAUGCUAACUUCACACCAUUGCUUGAUGAAAAUAGCAAAAAUUGCCAAAAUAAAGAAUGCCAAGAUAUUACCAAUUCAAUUAGUGUUGAACCAAAAGUGGAAAUUAUUCUUGAAAAUCAUCCUUGUGACUUGACAUAUAAUAUUCAAAUCCAAGCAACAAAAGUUGACAAGGAAACAAGACUAACAAAUUAUGUCCAUGUUGAAAAUUCGUCACAAAAAAACCUUGUAUCAUUAAAUGACAGCAAACAGCCAAUGGUAAUUGCGAACACCAAUAAAUCUGAUGAAUCAAAUGAAAAUGAUUUAGAGGUUCACAAUGUAAAGCCAAGAAUAGAAUUUGAAUUUAUCGUUCCAAUAAAACAAGACUCUUCUCCAAUGAAAACACCACGUGAAUCAACUGAAAUAAAACCAUCAGAUAAUGAUUGUUUUCAAAACAUUAAUAUGGUGUUUCCAUUAAAAGAAAAUAAAAAGUCCAUAUACAAUGUUGUCACUUUACGUGAAGAUCAAACAGAAACUGAAGUGAGAAAAGAGAUGACAUUUGAUAAAAAGAUAUAUGAAAGGGUUUCAAUAUCAGAUACAUAUAACAUGGCACCAAAUUCCCAAAUCUUCAUGGAACAAUAUGCUGUUAAAAAUUCAGAACAAGUUAAAAUUAGUGAUUUCUGUAACAGCUUAUCAUCCAUUGAUAGACAGGCAUUAUCAAAGGAACCAAUCGAUACAUGGCAGCAAACUACAUAUGAAAUAUUGGACAGUGGCAUAUUUGAAAUGAAAAAUGAUGUAACAUUAUUUGAGGAGCGUAAGGAAGUUGAGAAGGCGCAUUCCGAAGUAUUUUGCAUGAAUAACCAAGUUGCAAUAGAUAGUAAAUGUCUGCCUCUAAUAGCUACACACAAAAUAGUCAGUAGGACGACAUCAUACACUACAAUUCAAACUUGCAAUUCUGAUGCGUCCCUUUGUACAAGGGAACAAGAGCACGAUUUUUCUCCAACAAAAAGUUCUAAAAUACAUUAUGAUAACAAAUCAGCUACAACAAAUUCAGAAAUUUCUGAAAUCUUAAAUAACGAGAUAAUACAGUCGAAAAAUGGUGUUUCAGAAAAAUUUAAGCAAGGUAAUUUUGAGACGGAAAGCAGAAGUUGUAAUAUUGAUAGUCCAAAAUUAACACCUCAUGAUUCUGUAAGCAAUGAUUGGAGUGAUCCAGAAGAUCAUACCAGGCUACACACAAAUAGUCCGAUCGCCGAAAUGUCAGAAUAUAAAACACUUACAGUAGAUGAAAAUUUACAAAUAUCAAAACCCAGGCAAUUUCCAAUUUCAAAAUCUGAUGAUAUUGUUCUUGUUGACAUAAGAUCAAGCAAAGAGCUACUAGAUGUGACACCAAACAUUACAAACAUAAAUUAUACAACACAAGAAAUAGAAUACUCAGAUAAAUUUUCCUUAACAAACAACACUCAUUCUGAUGCUGAAGAUUUGUUAGAUAUUCACAGAAUAAUGCAAACAUUACAACAGGAAAAUUAUAGCAAAUGUGACCAAAUUGCACAGACAGGUCGAUUAAAUGUGGUAAGCCAACAUACACAAAUAAAAUUAAAACCUCAAACUCCUAAAUUGCAGUUUCAUACAAUUGUUCAUGCAAACAUAAUUGGCACCUCAGCAAGAAUACAACCAAAAACAACAGGAAUUCGAAAUAAAAAGUUCAGGAAAUGUAAUACAUUAGUCAACAAACUUAGAUUUAAAACUAACCAUUUGACUAACAAAAGUUAUAUACACAAGCACAUCAACCAUAAUCAGACAAAACCUGAAAUAAAUUAUCCUGAUAUUCCUAACACGAAUGAAGAUUGUACUUCAGACUUUCAAAGUCAAACAUUACUACAAGAACCUUGUAAGAAACUUGAACAAGUGGUCCAAACUGAGGAAAAAGUAAUGGUUUUAACUGAACAAUUUAUACAAACUGAUGAAAUAGAUAGGAAUGUUACAGAUCAUUCAACACAAAGUGACAAAGUACACCCAAAAACAAGUGAAAAGGGUAUACAAAUGGAGCAAGCAGCAGUGCUCAAAGAACAAAUUUCACAGACUGAGGAAUUUGCCAUGCUUACGUUUGAACAAAGUGCACAAACAGAAGAAAAGAACAAGAGUACAAAGGAACAAUUUAUACAAACUAAUGAAACAGGUACAACCAGUGAAAAAAUUGUUCAAACUCAGAUAUUAGCACAGGUUGUAAUUGAAGAAAGUACACAAACUGAGGACAAUAGUAUGAAUGCAAAGAAUGAAAAUACUCAAACUGAGACAAUCACUAUUAGUUUAGAAGAACAAAUGAUACAGACCGAGGCAGAUACCAUUUGUGUUUUUGAACUGGGUAUUCAAACUGAAGAAAAGUGUACAAAUAUAUCUAAUGAAUCAGUACAAACGUUGGAUAGAAUAACUAUACAAACUGAACAGAACACACAAACAGAAAACAUAGCUAUUAGUGUAGGUGAACAAACUCAGGAUGUAGUUAAGUGUGUUACUGAACAAUUUACACUAAUUGAAGAAACAUGUAUAACCAAUUGUGAACAAUCAAUGCAAACUGUUGAAAUAAAGAUUAAAUCAAAUGAACAACACGUCCAAACUACAACAGCUCAUGAUGAAGAAAUUGAACAGAUUGAGGAAAUACCUGUAUAUCUCCAAGAACAGUUAAUACAAAAAGAUGUAUCCACACAACGCACAGAAAUGUUAGAAUCACCUACUACAAUGUUAAACUCUGGUGAGAUAGAUUCUGAGAGGAUAGGAAUAGAUAAUGUUGAGAAUGAGUCCAUCACAGAAAUAAAUGACGAAGAGUCCUUUUUAAGCCCUAUUAUAACGUGCAUGGAAUCAGAAAUAGAAUCCGUCGAUACUACCACAAGUGAAGAUUCAAUGUAUGAUGUUAAAAUUAAAACAUUGCCGCCAGAAUUUGAGGAAAAUAAGAAAGAUGGUUUUGAGAGCCAGCAAUCAAGGGCAACAUCAAAAAUGAAUCUAUCAGCUAUCAAAGUCUACGAACAGAACAAUCAUGUUGAGUUAAUAAAUAUUCAAACCCCAAUGGAAUUCACAAAUGAAUUUGACAGCAUAAAUGUAAAAAACAGGAACAUUAUUAUGCCAGUUUAUAAUGCCAAGGAGGAUACGUUAAUAUUAAAUGAUAAUUUUCAAGUCGACAUAAAGGACAACAGUGUGAGUGGAUUAGAAUCAAAAAUGGAAGAAAUCACAAUGGACACAUUAAACAAUGGUGUUAUAGAUUCUGAUUGUGAAGAACAUGAAUAUUUCAAUUUAGAUCAGUCCUUUGGCCAUAAUAAUCCAGAAAGGAUAGAAACACAAGUAGGAAACUUGAAUUUUGCAAUUAAAGAAAGAGCAAGAAGCAAAAAACAUUAUACUCGACCAUGUUCACUAAUAUUAAGUUUAAAAUACAGACCUUUAUUACCAAACUUAUUCAGAAACAGGAGAAAGAAGCAUUAUAAAAUCAACCCGGACAUUGAUACUCUACCAGCUUACAAUGAAAAAACUGAGAGAAUGGGCAUAACUAAAAACAGCGAUACAUGGGCUAACCCGGAAAGUAAUGAUUAUGAUUUUACUCUUAUCCCUUCUGAUCUAGCAACAUUACCCAGAUGUGAUGAGAAAGCCUUAGAAGAUGAAGUUGUGCAAUCAAAACUGCAAACAUUUACAGAUAAUAAACUACUUUUACAGAAUGUUGAUGGAAAUGUAGGAAAUCAAAACUCCAGAACUAAGAACAAAGGCAAAAACAUAAAAACAUAUUCAUGGCCAAGUUCGAUAGUUUACAGGCUAAAAUCCCAAUCGGUCCCAUUAAACAUAUUUACACGCAAAACAAAAAUGGGGCAUCUGAGAUCAAAGUCUGCUAUGGAUUAUGAUACAAACAUUAAAAAUAAACAUUAUUCUUCAAGAUUUGCGAAAACAGUAAAACACAAACGUACACGUAGAUUGUGCAGUUCUUUACCAACCGAAAAUCUCACUGCCUCUUCAAUAAAUGUAUGGGAUUACUUCACUAGAUCACCAUUCAAGAUGACUUAUGAGGGAGACUACAUUGACAACAUUUUAAACUCAGGAUUUCAACCGAAUAAGGCAACAGAUAAUGAGUGGGUGAGGAAACUACCAAAAUCUGAAGAACAUAAAUGUUUAGAGGAUAUUGGGGAUUUAGAUUUUCAAGAAGCUAAUACUAAUAAAUACAGUGCUGAAGAAUCUCCAACUUUAAAUAUCCCCCUGUUAAAAUCAGCCAGUGACGUAUCAGCAUCAGAAACUUCAGAUGAUGAAACCUGUGCAAACAAAAAAUUUAAAGCACCUAUUUUAUUGCCAGCAAGUCAGGGGCAAAUGCGUGUGAUUCAAGCAUGGCCAGAGAAUGGAACAAGUAUUAAGUUUAUGACCAGGAAGAAGGACAAAUCGGUUGAACAGCAUGUCCCAAGCAAUGUGUUAAUAGACGAAGAAUACGCUUUACGAAAAAAGGAAUCCAAAAAAUUUGACGAUAUUACAGUUGAAGAUUUAUCAUUUCAAGUAUUUGACACAAUAGUUACACAACUAAAACCUUGUCAUAUUGAGAUCGCUAACAAUGAACAAGAAACAGAGUAUCCACAAACGAUUAAAACACUUGAACCUAGUACAAAAAAUAUUAACAAACAAAUGAAAUUUUUUCCCACGCAAAAUGAGCCUCAACAAUUUGAAGACCUAUUAAUUGCAGACUUGACAACACAAACGUUUGAUAGCACAGUUGUAGGACAUAAACCACGCUGUUUUGAAAUACAUAAGAGCAGCCAGGACAUUGAUUGUAGAAAACAGGAAGUAAGAGUUCAUGCACAAGAAAGAGGUCACCCAUUAAAAAGCAAAACUGGUAUUUCUUCAUCUGUGCUACAAGAUGAUGAUAUUGUGUGGGUAAAGCCACUGCACCCACUCAAUUCUAACAAUCAUAGCUUUGGUAACAAUAUUGAAAAGAAAGCUUUUUUACCAAUGCAAAAUUCAGUGGUGUUAAAACAAAAAUGUCUUACAAAAAAACAAUCUGAAAUGGAUUUGUGUAAUGAUAAUCUUAAAGGCAGCAAUACUAGAUACUCUGAAUUUAAUUCACUAUUCACUUCACCACAAAAAAUUGACAGAACUUCUGGUUGUAGAAACCUUAAAAAAGAGAUAAAAUUGUCUUCAGAUUAUAAGGUUUCCCACCAUUCAUCAAUUUCGGAAAAGCCUCUGAUUCCAGUUAAAAAAUGUACAAAUGCAAGCUCUUUAAGAAUAUAUUCUCCUCAGAGUUCAUCAAAUAAGGAAAUUUAUUCUACUCACAGCCCAAUCAAAUUGAAACAAAGAAAAAAUGUAUAUUUGAAUAAAUGCAAAUCUUGUCCAGAUGUUUAUAGACAGAAAAGCAAUUUGAGGAAACAUAAAGUCAAAUCUAUUACAAUUAAAAGAUCUCUUGGUCAGCUAUUUCCAAAGUCAAACAGACAACGGAACUCGGUGAAGUACAAUGAAUAUCUACGUGAUCUGAAAAAAUGUUACCAAGUAAAAUAUUCAGUAGAUAGUGAAAGCAUAGAUGAAGAUCUUGCCAUCAUGAUGGAAUACGCUAGGCACAAAAAACACAAACCAAAAAAGAAUAAUGCUAGAGAAUCAGAAGAUUACGAAAUAAUUAAAACUGUGUUAGCUUGUGUCAACUGGAUGAAUGACAUUAUUACAGACACAGAUAAUUUCUCUGAUGGCAACAUGAUGAAUAACAACAAAAAUGAAGCAAUUACUUCGCUGGACCAACCUUCAAUAACAGAAACCCUGCCACUUACAGAAAACACAAAUCUUGCAAAAGAAGUUAGCAGUCCUGUGUCUGGGGAAGCUAGAAAUUGCAUAGAAAGAUGCAGAGAAGACACAAACCUAAAAGUAACAUCAAAAAUUACCUCUGCUGUAAAUUUGAAGAAAUGUUAUCCAUAUUUCCAAAAUUUAUAAAUAUG